AUGCAGGCGGGAUUGGUCUUAGCGUCCAGCACCGCGAGGGCAACUGCCGCCGGGAACGAUGUCACCGAUGUCGAAGUCGAUCCCAGGCAGUCUGAUAAGGCGAGGAGCAUCAAGGAUUUCCUCGAGACCCCAGAGGCCAAGGACCUUUGCAGUGCGCUUGCGAGCCUCCUGUACAACAGCGGGGAUGCCGAGUCGCGCAAGGACGUGGCACAGGACUUGUUGACGCAGACGAGAAAGCUCCUACACCAACGUCAGACCUCCCUCGAUGAGACGAUGGAUGCCGACCGCUCGCUGGCGCCAGCGGCGGCCCAGCGCAGCUACAUGGAAGGUGGAUAUGAGGAUGACAGGGUGUCAUCGAAAGGAUCGCGGAUGGCAUACAAGGAGGCCCGUUCGGUCAGGGGCAGGAUGAGAAGAUUUUGCAGGGUCGCGGAUAUUGGAGAUAUGCCAGGAUUUACCGCUCCAUCGGUUGGAUGCUUACGCAAGCGAGUCUUCGCGUGCUUCGAGGACCAGUCGCCAUCGAAGCUGUCGAAGCUGAUAUUGAUACUGCUGGUGCUCACGAUCUUGGUGAGCACGGUGUCUUUUUUGAUGGAGUCUAUGCCGCAGUACAGGCACAGGCCGAGCCGGUGCAAGGAGCUACAGGAUCUUGGCUUGCCGCUCACCGUGGAGGAAUGCGAGCCGAAGCCCGACGCGAAUUUCUAUUCCAUAGAGGCCGUCUGCAUAAGCAUUUUCACGGUUGACUAUUUCAUCAGAGUCGUCUUGUCGCACGCGGGCUUCGAGACGUCGAGGUACAAGUCCGCACUGGGGCGCACCUGCGAUUACCUGAGGCAGCCAAUGAACGUUGUCGAUUUCUUGGCGAUUCUCCCGUUCUACGUCGACAUCGCCGUAGGCGACAGCAAGCUCUCCUUUAUCGCCGUGCUACGGUUGGCGCGCAUCCUCCGGAUAUUCAAGCUUGCAAAGCACCACCCUGGUGUGAAGAUCUUUUGGGAGGUCAUUGUCAUGAGCGGCAAGCCCCUAUUCGUUCUCGCGUUCCUGAAUUUCGUGAUAGCCCUCGUGUUCGGCACCCUGAUAUACAACGUAGAGGGUCAGCAGUACUCCGUGGCUCCUAAAUGGACUGCUGCGGGCAACGACCACCCCGACGGUGUUUACGUGCGCAAUAUCAUGCGCUGGGGCUCCAGCGGAGACUUCGGCAAUUACGAAAGAAUAGUGGACGAGGAGAUCACUCCUUUUCAGUCGAUUCCGAGGGCGCUGUGGUGGGUCCUUGUCACGCUCACAACAGUGGGCUACGGCGACUACGCGCCGAAGACCUACUUGGGCAAGACCGUGGGCGUCCUCGCGUUCUACACGGGCAUCCUGUUCCUGGCGUUGCCAAUCUCGGUUCUGGGCAGCAACAUGGAGAUUGUGUACAACAAGCACUACGCCAAGGAAGUGGCGGAGAAGGAGCGACAGCGCGAGAGAGAGCAGCAGAGGAGGCUGAGUCAGGAGGGGUGCAUGAGCCGAGGCAGCAGUUGGACCGUGGUGCCAUUCCUGCCCGCCGGCUCCGAGAAGAACAUGGGACUACGGAAGACGAUCUUCUUCUUGUUCGACAGCCCGCAGAUGUCCAGGCUGGGAAAGGUCAUCGCCCUCUGGAUGCUGGCAGUGAUCAUGAUCGUCACGGCGACCUUUGUGCUCGAGUCGAUGCCCGCCCUCAACACGGUCCCAGACGAGUGCCAGAACGAGAAGACGGUUGAGAAUUGCGAGCCCCAGCCUCCCGAGAUCUUCCACUACAUCGAGGUUGUCGGGAUAUCCAUCUUCACCAUCGACUACCUCCUGCGCAUCUGCACGGUGCACGUGUGCAGGCCUUUCGAGUGCGGGCUGGAGGUGGACCCGGACGACGUCGGCAUGCCGGGCUGGAAGGUCACGUACUUGUACGCGUGCCAGCUGAUGAACAUCAUCGACCUGCUGGCCAUCCUGCCAUUCUAUCUCCAGAUCGUGGGCAUCGCAGGGACCUUGACAGGGGCCACCUCCGUGCUCCGUAUCCUGCGGCUCGUGCGGGUCUUCAGGGUGCUGCGCAUGCCUCAGCUCAGCUCCUGUGUCGCCAUGUUCGGGCAGAUCAUCACCGACUCGCUGCCCGCCUUGUUCCUGCUGAACUUCAUGACCCUGCUCGCCUGCGUGCUGAUCUCGUCGUGCAUCGUCUUUGCGGAGGGCCAGCACUACUCCGUCGACAGGGACAAGCUCGACCCUAUCUCUGGAGCGGCGGAGGGCGCCUACAUCCGGCCGCACGUGUCCGGGUACGGAUGGGAAGUGUCGCCGUUCACCGACAUACCCUACGCGUUCUGGUGGUUCUUUGCAACAGCCACCACCGUGGGCUACGGUGACGUCUAUCCGACGACGACGUUUGGCAGGUGCCUCGGCCUCGUCACGUUCUACGUGGGCAUCAUCCUGCUUGCGCUUCCGAUCACGAUCAUCGGCGGAUACUUCAGCAAGCACUACAGCGUGUGGCUCGAGGAGCUGCAGGCCAUGACCUGGCUGCAGGACCAGGCCAGUGCGGAGAGCCAGCUGGCCAUCGCGGCCGAGGGCAACAGGGCCCCCGUGUUCGAAAACCCCGACCUCGGCAGCCCGAAGGGCCAGCGCGACGAGAUGCGGCUCGGGAGAGAGUCGAAGGACACCUCGGAGCACGAGAGCCAGCCGUCUAGCCCUGGCCGCGCCGACGCGGCCGCCCUUCCCGGCGAGGUAGGCUCGAAGUCCUGA